UUGACAUCAUUGCAGUUGCACUUCUGCAUUUCACACAGAAACAUGUCCAACAACACCAUGCAGGAGGAGAAUUUGCUGUACGCUGGAUUCUAUGGAUGCAUCAUGGUACUGGGUUUUCCUCUCAAUGCUGUGUCCUUGUGGAUUCUGUGUCGCCGUCACAGCCUCAAAUCCCCCAGUUCCGUCUUCAUGGUCAACCUGGCGCUGUCCGACCUUCUGCUGACCGUCUCUCUGCCGCUGAGGGUCUACUACCAUGCCACGGGAACCUGGCCCUUCGGCAACGUAGCUUGUGUCGCCACCAGGAUGCUCUUUGAAAACAACCUCCGCAGCAGCUUCAUCUUCAUCACCCUCAUCAGUGUGGAUCGUCUGUUGGCCGUGGUUUUCCCUCUCAGGUCCCAGCGUGUGAGAACUGCGUCAAAUGCUUGGAAAACCGCAGCACUCAUCUGGGUCCUCUUGACCAUUGUGAACAUUCCAGACAGUGUGAAACUUUUCGGAAAGCUCUCCGAUGUUGCACCCUGUUUUACAAUUGCAGCUCCAAAUCCAACAAAAUGUAUUAUUGAAGUGGUGUUUAUACUCUCUUUGCUGUUGGUCAACAUUGUGUCCACGGUUUUGGUGACUCAGACUUUGUGUAAGUUGGACAACUCCAAAAUCAUCAAGAACAGAGUAAAUGUAAUGAUUCUUUUCCUGAUGACCAUCAUCAUGUUUUCUGUGUUUUUUUUGCCGCUGGCCAUUGCGCAUUUAUUGCCAGGAAAGUUGUGGGUUAAACCCUUAGCAUGCCUCGCUUGUGCCAACUGCUGUGUGGAUCCACUGUUGUACUACUUUUCUUUGGAUGGCUUCUGGAAGAGAGACCGGCCUGCAAGAGAGGUUUCAUGACCAUUUACAUUGAACCUUCAUAAAUGAUUGUUUCAAGAAGUGAAAAUGAGUUGUGAUAUCUUGCUCAACCGAAAUGUCACACGUGAUAAUAAGAUGUGUGAAAAACAUAGCCAAUGCUUCCUGUGUGAU